AUAAUUUUUAGAUUAAUCAAUUAUUUAAAGUCAAUUAUUUAAAUUCUAUUUAGGGAAGAAAAAUCUUUAAAGAUUAUUUGGUUGAUUUUUGUUGGAAUUUCGGACAUUUUUUCCAUUUUUCUUUUAUAUGUAAUUACAAUCAUAAACAAAAAACAAUUCAUAUUAUAUAUUAUUAUAUAAAAUGCCGACCGGCUUGGCAAAAAAAAUAUUACAUCUUCUCUUGUAUUUCCCCUUUCCUUUGUAUCUUUAAUUAGAGUUAUAUUUAAUUAUCUGGGUUUUAUAAUUUUUUUAUGAACUUGAUUUUAAUUUGUUUAAUUUUCUUUUUUUUUUUUAUCCUUUCUUGUAUGUAUACUUUCGUAACUUUUCUUAGAAUUAUAUUAAUUAAUUGCCAAGGUCCCGGUUUGGGAAAAGUUUUCCCCAAUUUAUUAUUUUAUUUAUUUUUUUUUAAAAAAAAAAAAAUUUUAAAAAAUUUGAUAUUUAGGUUUUUAU